AUGCCCUUAAAAAUUCUAGUAGGAACGUAUAAUGUUAAUACACAGAUAUUAGAUCAAGAUCUUUCUUCAUGGUUAUUUUCACUUAAUGGGUCUUCGAAUUCAUUUACCAAUUCCAUUCCCUCUCCAACUACCACUCAUGUCGCAUUAGUAGACAAACCUGACAUUAUAGCCUUGGGUUUUCAGGAGUUCUCUCCUAUGCCUCACUCACUUAUCAGUACUGAUACUGAACGUUUAGAGAGUUGCGCAAACUUAAUUGAACGCACAAUAUUCGUAAAUACUAAAGAAAGCUAUACACAAUUAGUGAAGGCUAGUUAUGUCGGUUUGGCAUUGUUCAUUUACACCAGAGAUAAUAGUAUUACCAGACUAAUCAAGAAUUAUGAGGUUUCCAAAGCUGGAGUUGGACCAAUUUGGAUUGGAAACAAGGGUGGAUUAGGUGCCAGGAUUUUAAUUAACCGAGAAAAGUCUAUGGAAAAUUUGAAAGAUAUUAGCGAUAGAGCUCCUGGAGGUGAAUUAAUAUUGUCUUUUGUGGUCGCACACUUAGCACCCCACAAUUACAAUGUUCAAAAACGUAAUCAGGAUUUUAGGAGUAUUUGUGAGAGAUUAGUAUUUACCAAUGGUGAAUGUCAAAACACUUUACAAGAAGAGGAUGAUGUGAUAAUUGACAGAGAAAGUCUUGAAGAGGGAUCAUCAUAUACUCCAUUAAUGCCAAGAAGUGGUUCAAAAGACAAUCAAAAAGAUAACAGAUUAGAUUCAUAUUACUAUAGAGAUCAAAGAUAUUUUACGAUUUAUGAUUCAGAUUUUUUAUUCUUUUUUGGAGAUUUGAAUUAUAGGAUUGAACUUGGUGAACCACUAUCACAAUCAUCUCAGGCACCUGGAAACAUUUUAGAUGAUAGUAAUAAUAAUAGUUCACCUCGCUCAACGCAUCACCUCACAAUUGGGAAAUUAUUAAAUCUAUUACACGAUCAUCAACAUCAUCGUGUAAGAAGUCAUGAUCAACUAACGAAAGAAGUAAAGUCUGGUAAAGUUCUUAAUGGAUUUGAAGAAGGAGAAUUGAAUUUCUUGCCAACAUAUAAAUUUCACAAGGGUAGCGAACAUGAAUUUGAUGUUAGCAUAAGGACACCUGGGUGGUGUGAUAGAAUAUUUUAUUUCUGGCAUAGAGAGGGUUAUAAUGACCAUGUUAGCGUUAACACCAAAAGAGAAGAACCACCGAUUAAGCUAAAUCAAUACGUUUCACACCCUUCAUAUAUUUUGUCAGAUCAUAAACCUGUGUCUGCAUUCUUCACGAUACCGACUUCAUCCCCAGUUUCUUCAACCACCUCUUCAUCAUCUACACAAGAUCAACUAUAUUCCUUCCCAAUGAUGAUUGAAACACGACCAAGAACAUUCAGUUCUCCAUUUAAGAUUGACAAACAUUUACGAACGAAAUUUCUAAUAGGAGAGAUAUCAGCGAAAACUUUGGGAAGUUUGUGGUGGUUGUUUGGUACGAGACGGGGAAUUGAAGUUGGAGUGAUAACGAGCUUAACAUUUGCUAUUGUAUGGUGGAUGAUAAAGAAAAUUGGCUUGUGA